AAGAGAGGCGCACUGUCGCAAAAGCUCACGUUGGUUCAGUGUCAUGUUGGACAGGAGUUUCAUCGCUGGAAGCCGUUUUAAUUUAAAAAAGAAAACAAAAAACUAAAAAUGCUGUGAGCUUAAACUGAGCAUCCCUCCUCUUGCCCCUCGGCGGUGUUUUGGACCCUGUGAGCGGCGCUGCUCCGCUCCCCGGUGCUUAGUGGUGAUCAUGUUCAUGCUGGUGGAGAUGGUGGACACUGUUCGGAUCCUGCCGUCUGAUUUCGAGAAACAGUUGAACGACGCCGUAGCGGAGGAGCUGAACAAAAAGCUGGCCAACAAGGUGGUCUACAAUGUGGGUCUCUGCAUCUGUUUGUAUGACAUCACCAAGCUGGAAGACUCGUAUAUUUUCCCCGGUGAUGGCGCCUCGCACACUAAAGUCCACUUCCGGUUUGUCGUCUUCCACCCGUUCCUCGAUGAGAUCCUCAUCGGGAAGAUCAAAUACUGCAGUCAGGAGGGAGUUCAUGUUACGAUGGAUUUCUUCGAUGACAUUCUGAUUCCACCAGAGUCUCUUCAGCAACCUGCCAAAUUUGACGAAGCAGAGCAGGUUUGGGUCUGGGAGUACGAGACGGACGAGGGAGCGCACGACCUUUACAUGGACCAGGGAGAGGAGAUCCGCUUCAAGGUGGCAGACGAGGUGUUUGUGGACACGUCGCCCACGGGGCCGACCGUCGCCACGUCUGAUACUCCGGCACAACCUGGACAAUCGACUGCCCCGCCUGCAGAAGAGAGUGCAGAGAAAAAAGAGGCUCCGUACACGCUGAUUGGGACCAUCUGUGAACCCGGACUGGGGCUGCUGUCCUGGUGGAACAGCUAGCACCACAGAGGAGGAACACAGUCAGUGAGCAGAUGGAGCUCUGCAGCUGAUCUGCAGGGACUGUAAACAGGAAUCUGACCAUUGGAGCUGCUUUCUGAUGCAGAUGUUAACCCAUUAUACUGUCAUUGUUUCUAUGUUCCUUCUAUGCUCCAGUAUGUAUGUAUUUAUUAAGAGAACAUUUCUAUUCAUUUGAUUUAUACAAAAUAGGUUAAAAAAAAAGCCACUUCUAGUAUAUUUUUGUUAAAUGUCAGCCACAUCUAU